AUGGCUAGUAAACCCUCUACAAAUGAUUCUCCUGGUCGAUUAUUUUUAAAGCGAGGAAUAACUCAUUUUUCAACUGCAAUGCAGGCAAAAAGCAAAAAAGUUAAGAUGUUGCAACAAACGGUAAGAAGACAAAAGCAAAAAAUUAAAAGUCUCAGUAGCAUAAUUGAACAAUUAAAGAAUGAACAUUUAUUGAAUGAAGAUGCCAGUGAUGUUCUUAUUGAAAGUUUUGGUAAGCACCAAGAUUUAAUUACAAAUUGGAGAAGAAAAAAUUUAGGCUUAAGUAUUAAAGGAAAGUAUAGUCCGCUUGUUCGCCAGCUCGCUUUAUCUUUGCACUUUUAUUCAUCAAGGGCUUAUGAAUUUGUUAGAAAAGAAUUUAAUACUGUAUUACCUCAUUCUCGAACACUAAGUAAAUGGUAUGCUCACAUAGAUGCAAAUCCUAGCUUUACAAAAGAAUCAUUGAAAAUGCUUUCACUAAAACAAAAAAACUCUAACUAUCCGAUAAUCUGCAGCUUAGAGUAUGAUGGAACUAGUUACUAUGGGCGUGUAGAUCUUGGCAAUAAUUUAAAUACUGAUAGCUUAGAAAUGGCUAAAGAAUGUUUGGUUUUUAUGGUGGUGUCAGUGAACGAAAACUGGAAAAUUCCAAUUGGCUAUUUUUUAACUUCUGGAUUAAAUAGUUCACAAAAAUCUGAACUAGUUCGCCAUGCUUUAGAUUUAUUAUUAGAAACUAAAAUUAUUAUGACUAGCUUAACAUACGAUGGAUUUUCAACAAAUUUAUAA